AUGGAGUUCCUGGCGUCCAUCAUCGACACGGUGUUCCGGCCGCUCAAGGACUACGUCGCGCGGACCGUCAGCUACACCAUGUCCUGCGGCGACUACAUCGACCUGUUGGUCGACGAGAUGAGUGAGCUCAAGAGCAAGCGCGAUGACGUCCAGCGCAUGGUCACCGCCGCCCUCAAGGAGAAGGCCGACUUCCAUAAGGUCACCGACGAGCUCGUGCAGCUGCGCUUCGAGGAGGCAGAGGUCCAGAUCCCGGUCUCGUCCCCGCACACGCGCCGACGAGCUGGCGACGACGGCCGCGGGGCGGGGCUCCUUGGCGGUGGAGAGGUGGAGCACCGCGGCCAGCACCUCCAUCAUGCGGCCGAGCGGGCGGGACGGAGGCGGGUAGUAGGGCAGCGGCGGGCACGGCCAGCGGGCGGGACGGAGGCGGGUAGCUAG